AUGUUUUACUUCAGUGCUACCAGAGCUGCCUAUUUGGUUGCUAGUCUACACAAAGAAAAUCAGUUGCCGGAUGGAUCUGUAAUGAUAAGGACCACAGGUGAACUGCCGCUACUAAACGCGGUGUAUUUUGAUCGUCGUGCCCCAAUCAAUCCGGAGCACUCAGUCACGGGGAACGAUCAUACAGAAACUGAGAACGGUGAAGCAGACGUAUCACCCGUGGCGGACGAACAACAGAGCACACUUUGUGCUCCAACAUAUGAGGAUUGGUGUGGCAUUGUACGGGAUCAUCACGGUCCUUUCUGGCCCCCGGGGAUCGGAGCAUUUUACCCACCGCCGAGACAUAUUUAUCCAGAGCUGGGUGAGACGUUUAGAGGUAGUUUGUCUACCGGAGGACAAGAAAAUAGAAAUUCCCUACUUGGGAUUUCAAAGCAAGCCGCCAGAAUUCGAUUACAUGAAGCCAAUCAGAACCAGGAAGCGAAACUGAGUGCUACUUGGGGCCAAGCACGUGUUAUAUACGAUUCUGAGUGUAGCCCCAGAUGGACAGCCGCAAUGUUGGAAGCAAUUGCAGCCAGUUCUCAGCUGAACGUAAACAAUGGAUGCCCCGGAUGGAUACCACCUACACUGGCCUUUGAAUCUCGAUUUGAGAGUGGGAACCUGCGUCAAGCGAGACGAGUAUUCGAUUAUAUCAAUGCAUCCCCUUGGGCGGAGCCUUUGAAUUUGGCCGUGUGUUGUUAUCGUCGAAAAUUGUUUCUUAAAGUUAUAGUGAAGGAACGCGUGGUCAUCACUUUUGAAUCAACUCGUUAA